AUGGCCCCACGAACGUCUAUCGACGAGUUCAAGGAGCUCGUUAAUUCCAGUAAUCGCGUUCUAGCUCUCUGCGGCGCCGGUUUGUCAGCCGCCUCGGGGCUACCCACCUUUCGCGGAGCUGGCGGUCUGUGGCGCAAUCAUGAACCGACUGCUCUUGCGACGCCAGACGCUUUCGAAGAAGAUCCUUCUCUUGUAUGGCUCUUCUACGCAUGGCGCAGGCAUAUGGCUCUGAAGGCUAAGCCGAAUCGCGGCCAUUAUGCCCUUGCCGAGUUGGCCAAGAAGAAAGACAACUUUAUGUGCCUGACUCAAAAUGUUGACGGUCUUUCGCCGCGCGCCGGACAUCCUGACACAAAGCUCCGGCUGCUCCACGGAAGUCUUCUCGAUAACAAAUGCUUCGACGAGUGUGGUUUCAUCGAUCGCAACAACCUGAGCGACCCGGUAUGUCCAGCUCUUGCACCUGCAGCCGAAGACUACCCGCCCGACAAGACGCUCCCUCUGCUCGAUCCAAAUGUUCCUGUGCCACCCGUCAAGGUUGAGGAUCUUCCCCACUGCCCGAAUUGCAAGACGGGACUCCUAAGACCAGGAGUUGUCUGGUUUGGGGAGCCUCUCGACGAGGCGAUGCUCGAGGAAGUCGACCAGUGGAUUCAAGAAGGGCACAUUGAUAUCAUGUUAGUAAUCGGAACAGCGGCCGCUGUCUAUCCCGCCGCAGGUUACACGCUCAAAGCCCGGAAGAAGGGAGCAGUCGUUGCGGUGGUGAACCCGGACCCCAACUCCGCGGCAGGGCUGUUGAAGAAGGAUUUCUUUUUUCAAGGGGACGCAUCCGAAAUUUUGCCACAACUUUUUGAGGGCGUCAUUGGGAAAAUGGACGAUCAAGGGAAAAUUCAGUGA